UUGUUUUGAACUUGACUCUGGUCGCCAUCGUCAUCAUCUGUACGCACGGCGGCGACAGCAGCUCCCGGAUCGGCAGGGACGGGUCUCUAACCCACCGCUAUUCUCCCUCAAUGCGAAGAAAAAACCCUCACAGAGAGUAAAACACAUCCGCACUGAGUCCCUCUGGAACCCCCGAUGGAUUAAUCUGAUUUUUCUGCGAAAGUAGAGAAUGGGCUGUGUCCAAUGUAAGGAUAAAGAAGCAGCAAAACUGACGGAUGAGCGGGAGACCAGCCUCUCUCACAACUCGGGGUACCGCUAUGGCUCGGACCCCACGCCGCAGCACUACCCCAGCUUCGGGGUCACCACCAUCCCCAACUACAACAACUUCCACAGCGGCGCCUCGCAGGGCGUCACCGUGUUCGGAGGCGUCCACACGUCCUCGCAGUCCGGGACGCUGCGGUCCCGGGGAGGAACAGGGGUGACUCUGUUUGUGGCUCUUUAUGACUACGAGGCGAGGACCGAGGAUGACCUCAGCUUCAGGAAGGGGGAGCGGUUCCAGAUCCUCAACAGCACGGAGGGCGACUGGUGGGAGGCCCGUUCUCUCACUACUGGGGGAACUGGUUACAUUCCCAGUAACUACGUUGCUCCGGUGGACUCGAUCCAAGCUGAGGACUGGUAUUUUGGUAAAUUAGGUCGAAAGGACGCGGAGAGGCAGCUGCUGUCCAACGGCAACGCCAGAGGCACUUUCCUCAUCCGUGAGAGUGAAACAACCAAAGGGGCCUACUCUCUGUCCAUCCAGGACUGGGACGAUGUGAAGGGCGACCACGUCAAACACUAUAAGAUCCGUAAGCUGGACAGCGGAGGCUACUACAUCACCACCAGGGCCCAGUUUGAGACGCUGCAGCAGCUGGUGCAGCACUACUCUGCCAGGGCCGCGGGGCUGUGCUGCCGCCUCAUCGUCCCGUGCCACAAAGGCAUGCCCCGCCUCACCGACCUGUCCGUCAAAACCAAAGACGUGUGGGAGAUCCCGCGGGAGUCGCUGCAGCUCAUCAAACGUCUCGGCAACGGGCAGUUCGGAGAGGUCUGGAUGGGCACGUGGAACGGCACCACCAAGGUGGCGGUGAAGACCCUGAAGCCCGGCACCAUGUCCCCUGAGUCCUUCCUGGAGGAGGCUCAGAUCAUGAAGAAGCUCCGACACGACAAGCUGGUGCAGCUGUACGCCGUGGUGUCCGAAGAGCCCAUCUACAUCGUCACAGAGUACAUGAGCAAAGGGAGUUUGCUUGACUUCCUUAAAGAUGGAGAAGGACGAGGCCUCAAACUGCCGAACCUCGUGGACAUGGCAGCUCAGGUGGCAGCAGGCAUGGCGUACAUAGAGAGGAUGAACUACAUCCACAGAGACCUGCGCUCUGCCAACAUCCUGGUGGGAGACAGUCUGGUGUGUAAGAUCGCUGACUUCGGUCUGGCCCGGCUCAUCGAGGACAACGAGUACACAGCAAGACAAGGUGCAAAGUUCCCAAUAAAAUGGACGGCUCCGGAGGCCGCUCUCUACGGGAAGUUCACCAUCAAGUCAGACGUGUGGUCGUUCGGCAUCCUGCUGACGGAGCUGGUGACCAAGGGCAGAGUGCCCUAUCCAGGCAUGAACAACCGCGAGGUGCUGGAGCAGGUGGAGCGAGGCUACCGGAUGCCGUGCCCCCAGGACUGCCCCUCGUCCCUGCACGAGCUCAUGGUGCAGUGCUGGAAGAAGGACCCGGAGGAGCGGCCCACCUUCGAGUACCUGCAGGCCUUUUUGGAGGACUACUUCACUGCCACGGAGCCUCAGUACCAGCCGGGGGACAACCUCUGAGCUGCUGCUGCUGCUGCUGCUGUCAUCUCAUGUCAUCCCACCAGGGGGAGCCAGACUCCAGCGGCUCGCUCUCAUCUGUGGCUGUAACAACUCAAAGCUCAUUGACUUGACUUCUUCUUCUUCUUCUUCUUGACUUCCAAGCUUCACACAAACAGGGACGGCUGCUGUUUUCACAGCACACUGACUAUCAAAUCAGAGGAUGUUCUGGAGGAGGAGGAGGAGGAGGAGGAGGGGGGAGGUGACGAUGAUGAUGAUUGACAAGUUAAAAUGACUGCCAUGGAUGAAGGAGACGCGUUGUGUAACUUGUAUGUAGUGUAAAUAUAAAAUUGCUUGUUUACUUAUCUCUUUUUUUUUUUGGUUUCAUUUUAUAUUACUUUUGAUAUUUUGGAAAUGUGUGGAAUUUUUUUUUUUUUUUUUUUUCCUUUUUUUUUUUAAUCCGAGGUCAAAGUUUUGAGAUUUACGGCUCGUAGAAAAACAAACACGUGUGCGGCUCACAGUUGGUAACAAAUCGUGACAUAAUAAUUGUAGGAAUGGUAAUAAUAAUAAAUAGUUAAUAGAAAUGGUGGACCGAAGCGCCUCAGAAGUUUUUCUGGGAGUCCACUGAGCUUUUUUUACGAGGUGAAUAUAACGAUACUGCUCUCCUCUUCUCAAGGAACUUAGAUGUACUAUAACACCUGUUCUUGCCUUUUCAUGUUUAGUAAUAUUCUUAUAAUGUAAAGGAAUGCCUUCAUGCUUUCUACACACUAACUUAGUGCAUCAUGGACUCUUCCACCCAAAACUCCUGCACUAAUAUUAAGUGCAUUCAUCGCAUUUCAGCUUCAGCCAAUGAUUUGUAGAGCGGCUUAAAGUGACUUUUAGUUCAGCUUCUUGUAGUUGAGACGACUUCCUCUCCAACUGCAGCCAUUGUCGGGCUGACUGCUUAUUAUACUGGCAAUAUUUCAAAAAUGUAUGUUGCAUUAUUGUAUGGCAGCAGGCUGUGUUAAGAAAUCUUGUCUUUACGCAAACAAACAAACAAACAAACUGCCACUUACAUGACGGGAAUGAAGGAAGUGACCUGUGUUUGUCCCUCCAUAAUGUGUAUCUGGAAAUAACAUGUUGUUUACGAGACCAAACAUGUUUAUUUCACUGUGUUAUUUUGCUUAAACAUCUCAGCUAUGUGUCGUUAAGAUGACAUCAUUCUGUGAUUUUUUUUUUCCUUUUUCUUUUCCAGGGAAAUCUGCAGCUCUGUGACAUUUUUUAUCAUCCUCAAGUGUCAAACUUUUCCAGGACAAAACAUCGUUUCUGUGUCUAUUUAAGUUUCUGUAUCACUUUGUUCGCCCUGAUUCAGUAGAUAUACAGAACAUGUUUUGGGUCUCUGCAUUAUUUAUUGUCUUUGUCUGUUACUUGUACACAUCUGGUUUUGAAAUAAACAAUCUUGCCACCAUC